AUGUCAGGUCUUGUCAAUAAAAUGAUGGCUUUAUCUCAAUCGCACUGUUAUAUUUCAUCUUAUGUUCAGAACCUCGCUCCGAAUAUAAAUCAUUGUAUCAGUUGCAAUAGGAGUCCGUCUCCGCCGUGUGUGCAUAAGCUAAGCCGACCACCACCACCUCAACGAAAAUGGUUGCACAGACCACCACCUCCGCCUCUUGCGAGGCUCUAUUUCUACUCUCCUCCACCUCCUAGUUUGUCAUACUUGCCUAACCUUCCACCACAUUCAGCCUUGCCACGACCGCCACCACUUCAACGAAUAAGGUUGCACAGACCACCACCUCCGCCUCUUGCAAGGUCCAUCUUCUACUCUCCUCCACCUCCUAGUCUGUCAUACUUACCUAACCAUCCACCACAUGUAGCCUUGUCACGACCACCACCACCUCAACAAAUAAGGUUGCAUAGACCACCACCUCCCCCCCUUGCGAGGUCCUACUUCAACUCUCCUCCACCUCCUAGUCUGUCAUACUUGCCUAACCAUCCACCACAUUUAGCCUUGUCACAACCACCCCCACCUCAACGAAUAAGUUUGCACAGACCACCACCUCCGCCUCUUGCGAGGUCCAUCUUCUACUCUCCUCCACCUCCUAGACUGUCAUACCUGCCUAACCAUCCACCACAUGUAGCCUUGUCACUACCACCACCACCUCAACGAAUAAGUUUGCACAGACCACCACCUCCGCCUCCUGUUAGGUUCUCCUUCUACUCUCCUCCACCUCCUAGUUCGUCAUACUUGCCUAACCAUCCACCUCAUGUAGCCUUGUCACGACCACCACCUCCGCCUCUUGCAAGGUCCAUCUUCUACUCUCCUCCACCUUCUAGUCUGUCAUCCUUGCCUAACCAUCCACCACAUGUAGCCUUGUCACGACCAUAUCCGCCUCCUGCAUGGUCCUAUUUUCACUCUCCUCCGCCUCCUAGUUCGCCGACCUUCCCUAACCAUCCACCUCAUGCACCCUUGUCGCGACCUCCAAACAUCGUCUCCGGUGAGAUGAAAGAGUCGAUCAUGGCAUACUAUUAUAUUGCAGUUCGGCUGGUUGCAAGGAAGAAACAAGAGUUUUGCAACACGAACAUAGGGGAUGACCGAACAAACACACAUGGAGGAAAUGUGAUUUUUGGUGAAGCAGCAUUCUAA